AAAGAUACCUAUUUCCAACAUAUCAGUGAUGAUUCAGUGGCUUGGUGAAAGCCCCCGGAUAGCUACACAUGAACAAGCCAUCCCUCUUUUUACACAAUGGCCAUAGUACCCAUGAUUCUUUGUUCAUUUCAUCCUAUGAAAGAAUGUAGUAGUUUCACAAUGCGUUGUUUUAACGGUAGCUCCCUAUUCUUUGCUCCUAUGGUUCAGAACAAUAAUCGCAUACUUGCCAUAUAAACUGCCGUGCUCCCCCCUUUAGAUACAGUCUAUCGUGGAAACUUAUUCGAAGCUGAGGUAGGUAUUCAUUAGCAAAAAUGAAGACGUGUGGUUGCAUUCUCUACUACGCCUUCUACCCAUGUGGGCACCAGUCGUCUGAAUGGAUAUACUGUCCAAUAGCAAAGGCCAAGAAUCUACUUAGGCGCGGGCCCCCGAAAGCCUGUGACUCGCAUACACCAAUAGAGAUUGCGCCCGAUCUGGAAGAUACCUGCGGCUCGACUUGUCUUACACAGCCUUAUCAAUGUACGAACUGCGGAUCACCCAAACAAGUAGGCUGGCGAUGUUCUCGAUGUCAGUGUAAACGCACUAAGAACGCUCCAGUGUGGGAGCCUUGUGUCUGCCCUAAUCCCAAUCAUAAUUGCCCUCGCUUUGCUUUAAGGAAGAGGGGACAGGCGCUGUGUACGCCCUGCCGCAGCGGAGCCUGCAUAUCGACGUCGCCUACAGGCCCCCAACUUAAGAGUAAGCCCAUGCCUGUCUUACAUUGGAAAUGCCACAUGUGUUCUAAGAAUAAUUCCACACCAGCGAAUAAUAUGAGAUGUGGGAGUCCUCGCGGUACGGAUGGGUGUGGUCACACGAGGUGUGGUAAAUGCAGGGCGCUUUUUUCAUGUACCUGUGGGUGCGGAUGUGCUUAUACCUUCGUUGAGGGUGGUCCUGGGGUUUGUAACUGGUGCAUAAGGACUUGUUCGAAGUUCCAAGCUACCUAGGUAGGUAGAUAUAUUAGCAGAAUGAGUAGUGUUUACCUAGAAGAAUCAUGCGUUUCGUUAGGUAUAAAUUGAGUCCUAGGACGGCGGGCCAUUUGACUUAAACCGCCAAAGCCUCA